AUGCCAUGGGUGGUAGCAACUGGAGACGACGAUGGCACUGUAAAGUUAUGGGAUCCACGGAAACGGGACAGCGUCAAGACAUACACACAGCAUUUUGACUAUAUCUCCGAUUUUCUGUGGUUGGAUGAUAAAAAACAGCUCGUGGCGACUAGUGGAGAUGGAACUCUGUCUGUGAUGGACGUGCGUGCAAAGGAGCCAAAGGUCGUGGCUCAGUCGGAAGAUCAAGAGGACGACUUACUCUCUAUCGUUGCCAUCAAAAGUUCCGCGAACAAAUGCGGCUUUCGAAGCGUUCACCUUGUCAAGAAACUGACAUGUUGCUGUUGCCAUUUCAGCGCCCAAAAGAUUCUGGUCGGAACCCAAUUGGGGAUUCUCUCGGUGUUCAAUCGAAAGAAAGGAUGGGGGGACUGUGUGGACAGGAUUCCCGGCCAUCCACUUUCAAUCGACACACUUUGUAAUAUCCCUGAUGAUAUCCCGGACACCGAUCCUACGAGUACGGUCCUGACAGGGUCGUCCGAUGGAUUUGUCAGAGUCGUGCAAAUUCUGCCUACGAAGUUCCUUGGGGUGGUCGCUGAUCACGGGGAGUUUCCCGUCGAGCGAAUUGCGGUCGGAGGUGGUGUGGGUCACCUUCAGCGGCAUGAGGAAGACGAAGCAGAGGGAAGUGUGAUGUCUAAGACCAGCAAAGCCAAGAUGGAUGUUGAUGAGGAGGCUGAGAGGGAGGAGAAUCUGUCACGACAGAAGAGGUAUUGGGUGGGCAGUGUUGGUCACGACGAGGUGCUACGCAUGACAGAUUUAGGUGCUUUCUUCCACGAGAACCAUGUGGACUCGGAUGAGGAAGAAGACGAUGAAGAGGAGUGGGGCGGGAUUGAGGGUGCCGAUGGGUCGGAGGGCGAAGAGGACGAAGAAGGAAAGGCGGUAGAAGGUUCUGCGGAGAAAGGGGGUGGUGCAAGCUCAGACGAGUCUGACGAUGAAGACGAGGAGAUGGAACCCCAACUUGGUGACCAAUCAAGCAAACGGAAGCGCCAGCCAGAGGUCGAACUACCCGACCCAUCGAGGAAGUCGAAGAAAGGCAAAAAGGAGACGGUGAUCGACAAGGAUUUCUUUGACGGUUUGUGA